CACCCCCAAACACCACCCAUGGUAGGAGCUCCCAUACUUGAGAGCUAAUAAAUACAUGCACAUCAUAUGGCACGCACUCCCAAAAACAUUCCUUAUCCCCUAUCCUCAGAUCCGACUUCUUUAAACAACCAGCAAGAAGCCACCGUGAAUCCCCCCGCAAUAUGUUAGAUCAGCAUGCUAUGGAAUAUUCUCAUUUCCCAGAAGUUGCAGAAGCAGAGGCGUAUAGCAGCACAGCUCCGUCAGGAGGAGGAGUCACGAGGAAGAGGAAGGGCAACAAAAUCCAGAGAAGGUUCAGUGAUGACCAGAUCAGAUCACUGGAAUCCAUGUUCGAGACAGAGUCCAGGCUUGAGCCGAGGAAGAAAGUGCAGCUGGCAAGGGAGCUUGGGUUGCAGCCGAGGCAGGUUGCUAUUUGGUUCCAGAACAAGAGGGCAAGAUGGAAGUCCAAGCAGAUUGAAAGAGACUACAGCAUACUCAGAGCUAAUUAUACCAGCUUGGCUUCAAGGUUCGAAGCUCUGAAGAAGGAGAAGGAGGCAUUGCUAAUUCAGUUGCAGAAGCUGAAUGAUCUAAUACAGAGGCCAAACGACCAAGCUCAGGGCCGUACACAAGUCAAACCGGCAAACAGUAUGGACAGUGUAUCAGAAAAUGGAGACACCGUUAGAGUGAAACCUGAGGAAAAUCCAAGCUCAACAAUGGAGCGAUCAGAGAACGUGCUAGGUGUUCUCUCAGAUGAUGACAGCAGUAUAAAAGCCGAAUACUUUGGCCUUGAAGAUGAGCCUACUCUUCUGAAUUUUGUGGAGCAAGCAGAUGAUUCCCUGACUUCAGCAGAACAUUGGCGUACUUUUGAUUCUGAUGAACUCUUAGACCAGUCUGCUGUCGGUUACCAGUGGUGGGACUUCUGGUCCUGAGUGAGACAGGGUAUCUGAAAAAUUCUAGAGGAAGAUGUAUUUGGGGGGAGGGGCGGGGGGAGGGAUGGGAAAGGGAACAAACUUCUGUAUAACAGAUGAGUUUACCUGUAGGGAUUAGGGGCUAGGUGAUCAUUAUAGAGGGUUCCAUCUUUAGACUUUUGGUGAUAUCAGAAGCGGCUAUGGUAGAUGUUGAUAUUCCAGAAAUAGCUGCAAUCUCCUGUUGUGCAUCCAGUGAAUCUGAAAAAUAAUGCGAGCUAAUCGAGAGGGAUCGUAGAUUAGAGAUUGGUUACUAAGGGCGGAAUGUUAAAAGGAGUUUUUUCGAUGCUUUACUAAUUGUUGCGCGCGAGGGAGAUUAAAAAUUCGGCAUAACUAGUAUAACCAUCUGGGACUGAAUUGGAUCUUAAGUACUAAACAUUCUGCAGUGCUUUUUGUAAUUAACUUUGAAUUAUGUGCACCUCAAUACUGUAUUGAUCCUUUUU